AUGGAUAAUUGGAGAAAAAACCAAGAGAUCAGUAAUCAUCAAGUGGGUCACUGGAGAUCCUCAUCUUAUAAUGGAAAACCACCUUUAGAUAAUAGGUUUCCAACAGUUCCAUCAUGGGAAAAGAAAUUUUGUGCUUCGGUUGGCUCAGUUCCAUGGAAAAAGGUAAUAGAAGGCAAGAGGUAUAUGUAUAUGCAUUCCAAUGUGGUAAACUGGGAAGACUCUGCUGUCAAAGAGACUUUUGACAAUGCAAAAAACAGGUUUUGGGCUGAGAUUAAUGGAUUUCCCUGCAACAUUCCGUUGCCUGAUCCGGACAUGUACGUCGAUGACGUAGAUUGGGAUGCGAGUGUUGAUCCUGAACUCUAUCUGGAUUUGGAUAGAGAAGAUGAGGCCCGUCGGACUAUGAUAGAAAAGAGCCAGGAGACUGUGAUUCUGGGAAGUUCUCUCCUAUUAAAUCAGUCCCUCUCCGGUCCUGGAUGGGGAAUAGAACCUACUGGAUGGGGGGACGACGAAGAAGUAACAAAGCCUCCUGAACCAAAUCUGACCUGUGGAUGGGGAUGGGGAGCCGAAGAAGUAAAAAAGCCUCCCGAACCAAGCUAUGCUGCUGUGGGAUGGGGAUCAUGCAACCAUGAAAAUAAUGAAACCAACUCUUGGGAACAGAAUGAUUCUCAAAGGUGGAUUCCAAAGCAGCAAUAUGGUGGUGACUUGGAUAACAAGUAUCAAACAAGCAAUGGUGGGAAUACAAAUUGGAGAACAUGGGAAGGAAAUAACAGAAGGAGAGAGAAUAGUAUGUCAUGGUCUAAGAACCCUGCAUAUCACCAUGCAUAUCACCAUGACAAUAAUGAAUAUCAGAUGAAUCGAGGAAGAAGAAAUGGAGGAAGAGGUGGAGGAGGAGGAGGAAGGAGAGGACAUUAUAGCUAUGUGGCCAAGGUAGCUAGUCCCAGUGCAUGGUAA